GGUUUGGGGGGGGGUGAUUGGGUGAUUCUAAGGAGCGCUGUAGACCCCGCAAGCGCAAGGUGCUGACGACCCGAAGCAGCGCCGCCUUUUCCGUGGGCGCUUGGCUCAAGCCGACGGCACACUCGAAACCAAAGCUGAGCCGAAAGCAGAGAUGGAUAUGAGGCAAAAGGACGUGGAGGUUUGCAGCCAGGACAGCACCGCCAGCGGAGGGAGCAGCAAAGGCAGCCUCAGUGUGGCCUCGGCGAACGGCAGCAACAGGUUCCGGCGGGGCGGCAUUUUGCCCACUGCGAUCUGCCUCAGCAAGGCGGCCAUCGGCGCCGGAGUGCUGUCGGUAGCGGCGCACGCGGCGGAAGUGGGCGCUGUGUAUCAGUUCGCUUGCCUCGUGCUGGGCGGGCUACUCACUUUGGCCAGCAUCCGCAUGAUCGCGAAUGCCAGUGUGGAGACGGGCUGCUGGAGCUAUGAGGACGACAUUUGCGAUGAGCUCUUUCACCCGGCGAUGUCGCUUUUCACUGGCUUCAUCAACGUGUGCAACUGCCUGGGCUCCGCUGCUGGAUACCUCAUUGUGUGCGGGCAAGUGUUUCAGGUGGUCUUCCGGGCGGAUGACAAUGCCCGGAACCUUUUCGUGGUGCUGGUGGGCGUUUUCAUCUGCGGCCCUUUGGCUUUGGCCCGUCACGUGGGAUUCAUGCGGCACCUGGCGGCCAUCAGCGUGGGGGCUCUACUGCUGUUGGUGGGGUCGGUGGUGUGGUACUGGGCCCAGCACGGCAUCGACGAGUCCGUGGACGUGGAGAGCUUCCUGCUUCCCAGCUCGGGCGCCACGGUGUUUACCUACAUGAACUCCAUCAAUAACAUGGUCUUCGCCUACAACAACCAGUUCAACGUCCCGCAGCUCACUGGAGAGUUGACACCAGUUCCCUCUGUGCGCAAGAUGACCAAGGUCGCUUUUCUGAGCACGAGCCUAUGCUUUCUGCUCUAUGGGAGCGUGUCCAUCUUCGGCGUGCUGGCAUUCGGCGUGGCCGACGACAAUCAGAAGGACACACUGAUCCUGGAUUUGAUGCCGGCACGCAAGGAGUGGCACGUGGUGGUGUCGCUCUUUGCGGUGAUGUUCAGCGUCCUCACGUGCUUCCAGUUCCAUGUGUACCCCAUCCGACAAUUCUCUGCUUAUGCAGUGCGCAAGCUCCGCGGGCUUCCGGCCAAAGCCGCAGACGACGAGGAGGAGAUCGCAAGCGACGGAUGUGGCGGCCGGUCGCUGGCGCGGUGGCUGGAUAUCGCCUGUGCUUUGGGAGCCGUGGCGGUCGCCAUCCUGAUCGCCGUGGUGGUCACCUCCCUGCGCUCCAUCCUGGACUUCAUCGGGGCCUUUGCCUCCGCUUACAUCUCCUACGUGGUGCCCCCCCUGUGGAUCCUGGCCCUCCGCAAGAAGGGCAAGGACUUCUCCUGGCUGGCGCCAGAGAUCCUCUUCAGCCUGGCAUUGCUGUCGCUCGGCGUCUUCUUCUUCGUCUUUGGCACCUACUGCGCCAUAAAGGGGGCGUGAUCUCGUGAUCUGGCCUGGUCAAGGUGGUUUCAAUCGGGCCCUGAGUUCCCUCGAGCUUAUGUGUACAAACAAAUCGCCUGGCCGAGUUUCGCGACUUCGCCUGGGGGGUGGCGACCUGAGUCGCGAACCCUCAGUUGCAUCGGUGUCCUUUUUGGUUGUCUUGGUC